UGCUCACAGAACCCUGAGAACCCUGAGAACCCGCUCACUGACCCGGAUCGCAGCCUCGCAGACUCUCGGCCUCGGAUCCGGACCAGCAUGUCCCGGGUCCUGAUCGUCGGAGCCGGUCUGACAGGAAGCCUCUGCGCAUGUCUGCUGAGGAGAGAGCUGCAGGGGAGAGUCCACAUAGAGGUCUGGGACAAGGCCAGGGGGGGCGGAGGACGGAUGUCCACCAGCCGUCCUCCUGACUCCUCCUCUCAGUCAGCUGACCUCGGAGCUCAGUACGUCACGGCCACGUCGUCCUACGCUCAGUCCCACCACAGGUUUUACUCAGAGCUGCUGUCUGCAGGCGUCCUUCAGCCUCUGGACUCUCUGGUUGAAGGACUGAAGCACAAAGACGGCAGCGAGGACUACAUGACGCCACUGGGCAUGGGCAGUUUGGUCAAACACUUCCUGUCAGAGUCAGGAGCUGAUUUGUUCUUGGAGCGCCAUGUGACCGGUUUGUACCUCCGUGGUGCAUCAUGGGAGGUGGAGAGGAAGGCGGGAGACAGCGAGAUGUUUGACGCCGUCGUCCUGACGAUGCCGGUUCCUCAGAUCCUGCAGCUGCAGGGAGACCUGGGACACAUGCUGUCUGUCCACCAGAGGCAGCAGUUAGACGGGGUCCAGUACUCGUCCCGCUUCGCCGUCGCUCUCUUCUUCCCUCCAGACGUCGUCUUCUCUUUUCCGUGGUCGGCUCGAUACGUCAGCGACAACUGCUGCAUCCGUUACAUCUCUGCAGACGCCCGCAAACGCAACGCAGACGCUCCUGGUCGCGGUCCGUCCCUCGUCGUCCACACCAGCGUCCCGUUCGGGCUGAAGCACCUGGAGCAGGACAAGGAGGACGUCCAGCCAAUCAUCUUACAGGAACUGGACAGGCUGAUUCCUGGUCUGCCUCAGCCAAUCAGCAUCAAGUGUCAGAAGUGGAGGUACUCCCAGGUGCUGACCUCGGUGCCGGACUGUCCGGGUCACAUGACCGUCCACGACCGACCGCUGCUCAUCUGCGCCGGCGACGCCUUCGUCCACUCCAACUUUGACGGCUGUGUGGAGUCGGCUCUGAGCGCGCUCAGUGUGCUGAAGGCCUCGCUGUGACGCCGCCGACCAGACAGGAAGUGACUCAGACUGUGGAAUCAAUCUGACCGACACCAGGAUCAAUAAUCAAUACAAGUGAUCAGAUAAACAGUAAAUGUAUUAAGAAGUGAUUCAUACAUUUACAUAAAACUGUUUCAGUAUUUGAUGUCUUUAUAUGAAUAAAUGAUGUGUCCUCAAAAGA